GAUGAAGCACAUUUUGAAUCUUGAAGACUUAUAGCUCCUCUCUCGUUUGUUCUCAACUUCUGUCCUCUAUUCCCUCCCUCUGAGCCAUGGCUGGCUUCUCCUACAAAUACAAAUCCAAGGCUUUGUGCCUUGUCUUGGCCUUUACUCUUGGCUCAUGUUUGUUCUCCACACUUGCCAAGCUUCAACGGUUUGAGCACCCCUCAAAUGCUGAUGGGUCGCUUAGCUUUUUGGUCAUUGGAGACUGGGGGAGAAGAGGAGCUUACAAUCAAUCUCAAGUUGCCUUUCAGAUGGGGAGGAUCGGAGAAGAGCUCGAUAUAAAUUUCAUUAUCUCUACUGGGGAUAAUUUCUACGAGAACGGAUUGACGGGCAUCGAUGAUACAGCAUUUGAAGAAUCAUUUACCAAUGUAUACACUGCUAAGAGCUUGCAGAAGCAAUGGUACUCUGUUUUGGGCAACCAUGACUAUAGGGGUGAUGUAGAAGCACAACUGAGCCCUGUUCUUAGGAAGAUAGACGGCAGAUGGCUGUGUUUAAGAUCUUUUGUUCUCAAUGCAGAAAUCGCCGAGUUUUUCUUCGUCGACACAACCCCCUUUGUAGAGAAGUAUUUUAGCAAUCCAGAGGAUCAUACCUAUGAUUGGAAUGGUAUUUCUCCUCAAAAGGACUAUGUUGCAGACCUUCUUAAGGACGUCGAAUUGGCACUGAGAGAAUCAACUGCCAAGUGGAAGAUCGUCAUUGGUCACCAUGGGAUCAGAAGUAUUGGAUAUCAUGGUGAUACCCAGGAGCUAGUCAAGAAGCUUCUUCCAAUCCUUGAGGCCAACAAUGUUGAUUUCUACAUGAAUGGGCAUGACCAUUGCUUGGAGCACAUUAGCAGCACAGUCAGUCCAAUCCAAUUUUUGACCAGUGGAGGAGGGUCAAGAGCAUGGAGGGGUGAUUUUGGUGGAUUGAACCAAGAUGGGGUGAAGUUCUACUAUGAUGGGCAAGGGUUCAUGUCUGUGCAACUCACUCAGAGUGAUGCCAAAAUUAUGUUUUAUGAUGUAUUUGGCAAUGUUUUGCACAAAUUGAGUGUGGCUAAGCAGGCUUACUCAGCCAUGUAGAGAAUUAAUUGAAACACAAAACACUUUGCUAGAUUAGCCUAGCAAAUUGAAAUUGUAAUUGAAGCUUUGGAAAUCAUUUUCAAAGAAUACAAUCAUAAUGAUACGGAUUAAGAAAAGUAGCAAAUAUUCUUC